UAAAUUUAUCAAGACAGGAAGCCAUUCAUAAACUUGAGGGUUUUUUGGCGAGGGUUUUCAAAAUCGGUGAAGGCAUUUAAGUUUCGGAGAGAUUAACUUUUGGCCGGGUGGAUGACCAAUUUGUUUAUUGCGAGGGAGAGGAAACGCAAAAUGCAUUUCUAUAUAUGUAGAUGAAGAAGAGAUAGAGAAAUACUAUCUCAAGGGAUUUAAGAAUUGCCUGCAUCGCGAAUCCCCUGCCUCCCCUUCACAAUUCCACUGCAAAAUACUUUGGGUGCAUUUUGAAAAACUCGUUUCCAUGGGCUGAUCUGGAGUUUGAGGGAUUCUAAUGUUGGGGGGAGGGGAAACCCUAGAUGUGGGCUUACAAACCCUUAAAUGUUUUUAGGGCGCAUUGGAGAAACAAAACCCCAGAGAUAAUUUUGCUCAAAAACUGAACUUGAUAAUGAAAUUUUGAUACGGAGGGCUUGUUAUAUUCCUUUGCAAAGUCUUCUUUGGCCAUAGGGCUUGCCUUGUAUUUGGCAGCAACAGGUCGAGUGUCCAUUUACUGAAACAUAUCCACUGCAAACCCUCAGCUUAGGGUUAAGCGGGGUGGUGAAACAUUAUGUGGUCCUGUUAAGUGGAAGUGGACAGUAUUAAAAGCAGAGGGCAAAUUGGGUUUCAGGACUAAGCGGGCCUCAAUUAAAAGAACUUCUGCAAUCUACAUUAAAAAUCAAGGAGGGUUUUUUUAAACCUAAGUGCUCCCUGGUGCAAGUUGGCUCACUUUUAGCAGGAAUUUAGGUCAUUUCAAGUAGACCAUAUUUUGGUUAUUUCCUUAUCAGGAAAGUGUACUAUUUUGACUAAUGAAAAAUACCAACUUGUUCCUUGAAGAGGCAACAUUUGGGUCACAUAGUCGAGAAGAAUAAAUAGGUCAAAUUAGUUUACCCAUUACCUUUAGAGCAAGGUGGUGACUUCUGCCAGGCAAACUAUUGUCACUUUAAACAGUAAGUCCCUGAUAUUUGUACUGAUCAGAUGUGAUGCUGGGAGGCUUGAUUUGGAGGGACAAUUAGAGCGUGUACUUAUCUUCAAGGUUUUGUGCUAUGCUAACGCCAUUUGGAGAUGCUAUGCUACAAGUUUGGGUGCCUGUUAUAAUGUGAGAGUCAAAAACAUGAUGUUUGAGUGGACUGGCAAGGGCGUAGAACUAACAUUGUACUUGUUGAUUUUGCGCACCACAUCGGUUGGAGGAUAUUCAAUUUCCGUCUUCCCGGAUCUGUGAACUUAGAGAGAUAGUUGGGCAACUUUGGACUUCUGUUAAAAUGGCCAUAGAGUCAUUUAACUCCAUCCUUUACCAUGGAGAUACCCGUUUGGGAGAAGUUAACGUUUGGCCUCAGUAUGAGGAUUUGAACUUGUUGGAUUCAGUGAAGGAGGUGAUUAAGAUAUCUCAUCUUUCACCUGGAAGCGAGAGAUGUACUCCUUUAGCUGUACUUCACACCAUUGCAGCUUAUGGAGUUUUUAUCAAAAUAGAGGUGAAGGAGCCGCAGCCUCAAUUUGACCAGUCACCUCUUAAACAACUUUACGCCACAUGCUUAAGAGAAGCAAAGACUGCUAUUGUACCAAUUGGAGGGAGGGAGCUGCAUUUAGUGGCCAUGCUGUCAAAAACUAGGCGUGAUCAGUUGCCUUGUUUUUGGGGAUAUCAUGUGCCCUCUGCGAUGUAUAAUUCGUGUCUUGGGAUGCUAAACCUAAGGUGCUUGGCAAUCGUUUUUGAUUUGGAUGAAACACUUAUUGUGGCAAAUACAUUGCGAUCUUUUGAGGACCGCAUUGAUGCUCUCCAGCGCAAGAUUGCAGUUGAGAUGGAUCCUCAGCGAGCCUAUGGAAUGAUGAGUGAGUUAAAGCGAUACCAGGAAGAUAAGGCAAUUUUGAAACAAUAUGCUGAUACUGAUCAAGUUUUUGAUAAUGGGAAGCUGGUCAAAGCUGAAUCCGAGUUGGUACCACCACAAUCAGACAAAGGUCAUCCUAUUGUUCGACCCCUUAUUAGAUUGCAGGAUAAAAAUAUGAUCUUGACACGAAUUAAUCCUAAUGUUAGAGAUACUAGUGUUCUUGUUAGGUUACGGCCAGCUUGGGAUGAACUUAGGACCUAUUUGACCUUUAAAGGACGAAAACGCUUUGAAGUUUAUAUUUGUACUAUGUCAGAAAGGGAUUAUGCAUUAGAGAUGUGGAGGCUUCUUGAUGGUGAGGCACGCUUAAUCAAUCCUGCAGAGCUUCUUGAUCGUGUUCUUUGUGUGAAGCCAGGGUUAAGAAAGUCCUUGAUUAAUGUCUUUCAUGAUGGUAUCUGCCAUCCUAAGAUGGCAAUGGUUAUUGAUGACCGACUGAAAGUUUGGGAGGACAAAGAUCAACCUCGGGUUCAUGUUGUUCCAGCUUUCGCACCAUACUAUGCUCCACAGGCAGAGGCUACUUCAGCUGUUCCAGUAUUGUGUGUUGCAAGGAAUGUUGCUUGUAAUGUACGGGGUGGGUUUUUCAAGGACUUUGAUGAUGGCCUUUUGCAAAAAAUUACCGAAGUUUUUUAUGAAGCUGAUACAAAGGGUCUGCCUGCUGCACCUGAUGUCAGCAAUUAUUUGAUGUCAGAUGAUGAUACAAACUUGAAUAGAGAUCUACCAUUGCCAGAGGGCAUGGCUGAUUCUGAGGUAGAAAGGAGACUUAAUCCACAAGAAUCUAAUUCUCCUUUGCAACCAGAGAUUACAUCUAAUGGGGCAGACCAUCAGGGUUUUAAAACGAUGGCUCGUCUUCCUGAUCAAAUGCAACCUGUUAUUGCACCUCCGUCUAUUAUAACUGUACGGCCAUCUCGUACAGAUCCCCCAACUGAACAUUUUCAAGAAUAUUCCCAUGGGAUUCCAGCAGUUAAACCGUUUGUACCUCAAACCCUUAAUACUAUAGAAUCUAAUAUUCAGGGUUCUCCAAUUAGAGAAGAAGGUGAAGUCCCAGAAUCUGAACUGGAUCCAGAUACAAGAAGGCGGCUUUUGAUACUGCAGCAUGGCCAAGAUACUGGGAAACAUAAUUCAGUUGAGCCUCCUUUACCUGUUAGACCGUUGCAAAUUUCAGUACCUCCAAAUCAAGUGCCUGGUGGAUGGCUUGGAGCAGAAGAAGAGAUGAGUCCCAGGGAACUUACAAGGCCAACUCAAGGACUAAUCGUUCAGUCUGAUUCUCUUUCUUUAGAAAAACAAAUUCAACAGCCUUCUUUUAAUCAUGGUGUGGAGAAUUCUCCUGCAAUUGAUAGGUGUCUAGGUGAGCCUAAAAGGCGACUUCCUGAUGAGGGAUUUUUUGGAGAUGACAGAGUGAAAAAUAAUCAUAUGAUUCCAGAUUCAUUUUCCCAUUCAGAAGAUGAAGAAUCUUCCAUGAACAAAGUGCCAACUAAUUGCAAUUCAGGAGGAGGUAACAUAUUCAAUGCUUCGAAUGCUGUGGGAGUUUUACAAGAAAUUGCAAUGAAAUGUGGAACAAAGGUGGAAUUUAAUUCACUUUUGGAUAAAACAAUGGAGCUCCAAUUUACUGUUGAGGUCUUGUUUAGUGGAGAAAAAGUGGGAGCAGGUAUAGGUAGAACCAAGAAGGAAGCACAACAUCGAGCAUCUGAAGAUGCUCUCAGAUAUAUGGCCAAUCAAUAUAUGUCACAACCUGUAGUGGUUGGAGCUGGGCUUGGACGUGGGCAGACAGAUUCUGGUUUUCACCAAUGGGGUGAGGAUGAGGGCUUAAGAGAAUCUUGCAGCUCUAUAGGGUUUGUUGGUAUGCCUAAAGAAGAUGACAUUGCUGUAGCAAGUACAUCAGGGCAGUCAAAAUGUGUGGAUCAGAGAGUUACUGAAGACAUGAAAAAAUCGUAUAAUGCUAUUGACACCCUUAAAGAAAUGUGCACUAUGGAAGGUCUUAGUCUUACUUUUAAAGAUCCGACAGCUUUGGUUUUAAACAGGAGGGAGUCAUGUGCACAAGUUGAAGUGGCUGGACAGAUCCUAGGGAAGGGUAGUGGUCCAACUUGGGAGGUGGCUAAGUUGCAGGCUACAGAGGAGGCUCUUCGUAAUUUUAAAUCUGUGUUUGUCCAAUCCACACAAAAGCGUUUAAACUCUCCUAGGUCACUGCCAGUUCAACCCAACAAAAGAAUUAAAUCUACAGAAAUGUCACGGGGUGCACCACGUAUUCCACCUUCUCCUCGAAGAUACCAAAAAAAUGGACCACCUUCCUAAAAAUGGACUGGCUAUUUCUUGAUAUGAUGCUUGGGAAGAUGAAAUCUUUCUGGUAAAUUUUCUUGUAUAAUAGUGCCUAAGGAGGUUCUUCCAAGGCAAUUUUGAUGUUAGAAUGUCAACCAACACUUCGUUUCCAUGAUUUUGUUGUGAUUCUUUCAGUGAAGUACCUUCCUUUGUGCAUAUUGUUAAGAAAGCUGUAAGGCCUGUUGGCUCAAAUGGAGCUGCAUGAAGAAUCCUUUACUUUGAUUUAUGAAGGGAUAGAGUCAAAGGAGGGGCUCACUAAAUGAACGGGUAAAUCAUUUUGUAUACUUGCCAGUUUUAUGAAUGGAGAUUUUGCUCUGGAAGAUUCUUUCCCGGGCUUGGACUUUGAUGAUAUAGUUGCUAACCCUCUCUCAUUAUUGUAAUGUAAAGGUUUAUUAAUAACAAUGUUAAUAUUAGAUA